GGCACUUGCAAGAUUUUGGUAUGAACUCAGAGAACAAUUUGGGAGGUGUAACUGAAGCUUUUGAAAACAUUAUAAAUGGGGAUUGUUGAAGCCAAUCCUGUUGGAAAUGCCCCACAAAUGGUUCAAGCUGUAGCUUCAUAUGCUCCGAAGCACAAACCUGGUCAGCCACCAUCUAUUGGUGUCCCCUGGAGCACUGGAUUAUUUGAUUGCCAUGAAGAUCAAGCCAAUGCUUUUAUGACAGCAAUUUUGCCAUGCGUAACAUUUGGACAGAUAUCAGAGAUCCUGGAGAAUGGAGAGAUGAAAUGUGCAUUAGGGUCAUUUAUCUACCUGCUGUUGAUGAUGCCUGCAUUCUGCUUUCAGUGGAUAAUGGGAUCCAAGUACAGAACCAAGCUGAGGCAGAGGUUUAAUCUUGUUGAAGCUCCUUAUUCUGAUAUUGUCUCUCACAUCUUUUGCUCUUGUUGCUCUCUCUGCCAGGAGUUUAGGGAGCUCCGCAACAGGGGUUUUGAUCCCGCUAAAGGAUGGGAUGGUUUACUUGCUGAGCAGCAGCAGGUUACUGGAACAUACGUAACCCAGCAUAUGAGCACUCCUCCCCAACCUCAAUUCAUGUCAAAGUAGAGAUUCCUUUUUAUUUUUGCAUUCAUUGCCGGCCAAUUGUUUUUUUGUUACCAUUUACUUGUACUUGUUCCUAGACUAGAUUUCCUACCUGUACAGUACAAAUAAAUAUCCUGGUGAUAUAUUUUCUUGAAGAGAAUAAUAUUAUUGAGUAAUACAUUCUUUGGAAACAUUCAUGAUGUAAAAAGAAUUCAAUCAGUGCA